AUGGACAUUGAUCAGGCUGAACCCGCAGUGGUGCAGGACAUGAGCAUCAAAAGAGAGACCAGCAAUGGUGUAGACAGCGAUCCUAGGAUGUCGCAAAUCCCAGAAACUGCAAACACGGGCUCCGCUGGCCCACGCUCGUCGCAACCGCGUUCGAUGUCUCAGGCGGAUGCCACACCAGACGACAAGUCGGAUGUCAAGCUGGGGCCCACGUCCAGGGCCACCAGCAAGAAAGGCACGGCUAAGAUCGUCAAGAAAACUGGCCGGAAGACUACCGGCAGCGGGACCCGGGGCGGUCGAAAGUCGCGUGGCGGUAGCAAAUCUGGAGCAUCAUCCCGGGCCAAGAAGACAACAACCACCGCCACUACAGCCUCUCAAGCAUCAGCCUCAUCACCGCUAGGAGGGCCUCUGGCAUCCAGCGAGGCAGGGGCCAGCGACGAGGAGGAGUCGGACCACGGGCCUUACUGCAUCUGCCGGGGACCGGACGACCACCGGUGGAUGAUUAGUUGCGACAUGUGCGACGACUGGUUCCACGGGGAGUGCGUCAAUAUCGAUAAGACGAUCGGCGAGGCCCUGAUCCAGCGUUACGUGUGCCCCGGCUGCACAGACAGGCAGGGCAUUAACGUCACUAGGUACAAGAAGACGUGCAGUCUUGAGGGGUGUUGGAGGCCGGCAAGGAUAUACGACGAUAUCCGCGGUGACGCGGACUACAGCGUGUUCUGCAGCGACAAGCACGCCGAGGAUUGGUGGGAGCAGCUGGUCAGGUCACUGCCCGAGAAUCGGAGUCUGAGGGCCAAGGAGGCGGACCUCACGAGGGAGAAAUUCAUGGGGUUGUUGAACGUGCCCGCGGCGCACAAGUUCGUUGAAGGCGAAGAGCCGUGGCAUCUCGGCAAGAAGCCAUUUGCCGUACCUAAUGAGUUCUGGUCACAUGUCGACCAGACUCUCGUCUUCACGCUGGAGGAACAGUCUUUCCUGGCUGCGUCCGCCGCAGACCGCUACGCACUAGCCGAGGAGAUCGUGCUGAACAAGAAGAUGCAGCAGCUUCUCGACCUGGCCAACGAGCGGCGCAAGGCCGCCAUUUCUGAGGGCCUGGUCGAAAAGGACGUGUGCGGGUACGACACCAGGCUGGACCUGGUCGGCUGCCCGGAAGAGUUCGGCGUCUUCGUCAAGUCCGCGCAGGGCGAGGCCAUCUACAAGAAUAACAGCCUCGCAACGGGCGGCGGCUGGACGGAGGAGCAGGUCCAGGCGAUGAAGGCCGCCGCCGCCGAGGUCGAGGACGGCAGGGAGUGGACCCUGGCCACAGCGGGCAUGUGCGACCGGAGGAGGUGUAAGCCGCACGCCUCGUGGUACAACAUCUUCACCAAGAGCACGCGGCACCUCAUCAAGGAGCUGGCGCGCCAGGCCAAGGAGAAGCUCGACGCCGAGACCAGGGUCCGGGAGGCGGCCGCCACGAGGUAUUUCAGGCGGAGGAACGAGAGGACCUCCGUGACCAGGUUGGAUGAGAUGGUCAUGACUUGA